GUCAGUCGUCAGUCGUAGGGAAGGAAGCUUUUAUCUCCUACAGAAUAUAGAAAAAAACACAUGCCGGGGUUUAUAUUUAUGACUGCUUAACAGAUUUAUACAUACAUACCUACCUAGUUUACCUUACAGCUAUCGUAAUUUCGGCCAGUGGUGGGGGAGAAGCGUAUCAGAUAUAUAUAGAUACAUAUAUAUCAAUGCAAUCGCAGGCAUGAACUUUAAUGCUUAACUGAUGAGACAGGCCUUAAGUUUUCGUUACGAAGCCUGUAUAUAUAUAUAUAUAUAUAUAUGUAUAAAAUAAAUACGUACACAGGAGAUAUUUAUUUAUACACACCGGAAUGAUUCAGAUGAACCCCCACUAAAAACAAAAACAAACGUUGAUGGAUAACCAAUUUUUUUACCGACACAAAGUACAAAUGUUUUAUGUUCUUGAUUCAUUACAUUUCGUAAUUAAACAGUUAUUAAAAAAGUUAAUCGUAUAAGAUACCAAUUAUUUAUUGCAUAUGUAUAUCAAAUUUUUUAAAAAUAAUUUAAACAUAAAUUGGUUGCCUUUGAGAUUUUAAUAACAAAACUUAAGGUUAACUAUUUAUCUUCGAAGUUUACAAUCUCACACACACACAUAUAUAUACAUAUGUAUUCUAUGAUUUCAGUCUGGAGGAGAUAAUUAACAACGGACUAUUAAUAAUACAACAAUAAUAAUAAUUUUGGAAAAUCAUAAAGUGAUAUUUUGGUUAAAAAUUAUCAGUGGCACCAAUAAUAAUAAUGCCUGGAUAUAAUUUAUCUUUCGUCAAUAAACUAAGUCGGCGCUGUAUCUGCCCCCUGUGCCGUCUACCUAUGAAGGAUCCCGUAGUUAUCACAACUUGUGGACAUAGGUUCUGUGAUGUUUGUCUCCAGGAAUUCCUCAGGUAUUUGCCGAUGUCUGCAUCUACUCACUCGGACGUAGAUAAUUACAGUCGAACUACAAACAUAAAGAAUUCGCCACAUAAAAUUGCUGGUGUAUUCAAGUGCCCUGAAGAUGACAAACCUCUCGACUACAGCAAACUUUAUCCUGAUAACAACCUUUACACAGAGAUCACAACCAGUCUGAUCCGCUGCAAACACUACAAGGAUGGAUGCAAAUGGGUUGAUCAACUGGGAAAAUUACAGAGUCAUCUCGAUAUCUGUCGCUACGAUGCUGUGUCCUGCCCCAACAGCUGUUCCGCUCUCCUCUCUCGCAUGUGUGUCCAUGACCAUCUAGAAUUUACCUGCCCAAGACGACGGGUACUGUGUAAAUUUUGUGGAAACGAGUUUUCUGGAGAGCAAUUUGAGAAUCACAAUGGCAACUGUCCAUAUGAAUCCGUGUGGUGCGAGAACAAGUGUGGCGCUCGCCUUGACAGACGACAUCUCUCAAAUCAUAUGAAGAAUGAAUGCCACAAAAGAACUGUCCUGUGUCAGUAUUGUAAACGAGAAUUUGUAGAAGAAACAUUACAGACUCAUCAAUACAAAUGUCCCCGAUUCCCUGUGCAAUGUCCCAAUCAGUGUGAAACAGCAAAAAUCCCCAGAGAAGAGGUCGAAGUUCACAUUCAAGAACGUUGUCCUUCUGUUUCAAUUACUUGUGCUUUUAAAGAGGCUGGCUGCAAGACCAAGUGCCAAAGGUUCCAUUUGGACAGUCAUAUGGAAGAAAAUAUCAAACGCCAUUUGAGCUUGGUCUGGGAACUGGUACGACAGCAACAGCAGGAGAUUCGUCAACUGAAGAACGCUCUUCAUGCCAGUACACAGAUCACCAAUGGAAGCUACAUUUGGAAGAUCAGUGACUACAAGACAAAAUAUUUAGAGGCUGCCUACAAAGGAGCCAAAGAACUGACUUGUCAACCGUUUUACACAUCAAGGAAUGGUUAUAAAGUAUCGGCAUCGGUUUUUCUGAAUGGUUACGGGAAUUCAGAUGGCAAAUAUCUUUCGUUGUAUUUUAAAAUCUUACCAGGAGAGUAUGAUAACAUACUCGAAUGGCCAUUCCGGCUUCCAGUAACCUUUACCUUGUAUGAUCAAGCUGCUGACCCUGACAAACGUAAGAACAUUGUGGAACGUUUUGUACCUGAUCCUACAAGGAAACAGUUCAAGAAGCCCCACCCCGACAUUGAAACACUCGGAUUUGGCUACCCCAAAUUCCUUUCUUUGGAGACUCUAAAGACCAGAAAUUUCAUUAAAGACGAUGCUUUGUACAUCGGGAUUUCUGUAGACAACAAAACAUUUAUAGUGCCAUGAAUGGGUUUUCUGUUUCAAAGUUUGGUUAUUGUUCUUGAAAAGAUCGUUUAAGAGUCAGCACAUUUGCUGUUCUUGGCAUCUUCGUAUCUUAAAAAAAUUUUUUUUUUUUUUUUGGUAGAUUACAAACGCCAGAAAAGAAAAAUGCAAGAGGAAAUGUUUUUUUUUUCCAUGUUGCACUCUGCUGACCCUUAUUUUGAAAGAUCUGCAGUAUCGGGAGGCAUUCCCCCACCCCACUACAACUUUUAGUCAUGGCCAGCUGUUCCUCUUCUCUGAGGCAUACAACUGGGUUUAUUCCCAAAUACGAUGCCCUCAAAUUUAUACAACUUUCUGUUGUGAUGUUUUGCAAUAUUUAUUAAUUAAAAACAUAACUUCAUAUUCACAGAUUA